AUGCCGAAGAACAGCAAGGUGACCCAGCGUGAACACAGCAAUGAGCAUGUCACCGAGUCCGUGGCUGAUUUGCUGGCCCUCGAGGAGCCUGUGGACUAUAAGCAGAGUGUACUGAAUGUGGCCGGCGAGACAGGUGGCAGGCAGAAGGCAGCGGAGGAGGAGCUGGACGCGGAGGACCGGCCAGCCUGGAAUAGCAAGCUGCAGUACAUCCUGGCCCAAAUCGGCUUUUCUGUGGGCCUGGGCAACAUCUGGAGGUUCCCCUACCUGUGCCAGAAAAAUGGAGGAGGUGCCUACCUGGUGCCCUACCUGGUGCUGCUGAUCAUUAUUGGCAUCCCCCUCUUCUUUCUGGAGCUGGCUGUGGGCCAGAGGAUCCGCCGUGGCAGCAUCGGUGUGUGGCACUACGUGUGCCCCCGCCUGGGGGGCAUCGGCUUUUCCAGCUGUAUUGUCUGCCUCUUCGUUGGGCUGUACUACAACGUGAUCAUUGGGUGGAGCGUCUUCUACUUCUUCAAGUCUUUCCAGUACCCCCUGCCCUGGAGCGAAUGUCCUGUCAUUAGGAAUGGGACUACAGCAGUGGUGGAGCCUGAGUGUGAGAAGAGCUCAGCCACUACAUACUUCUGGUAUCGAGAGGCCUUGGACAUCUCCAACUCCAUCUCAGAGAGCGGAGGCCUCAACUGGAAGAUGACACUCUGCCUCCUCGUGGCCUGGAGCAUCGUGGGCAUGGCAGUAGUCAAGGGCAUCCAGUCCUCUGGAAAGGUAAUGUAUUUCAGCUCCCUCUUCCCCUACGUGGUGUUGGCCUGCUUCCUGGUUCGGGGGCUGCUGCUGCGAGGGGCGGUUGAUGGCAUCCUGCACAUGUUCACCCCUAAGCUGGACAAGAUGCUGGACCCCCAGGUGUGGCGGGAGGCAGCCACACAGGUCUUCUUUGCCCUGGGGCUGGGCUUUGGAGGUGUCAUCGCCUUUUCCAGCUACAACAAGCAGGACAAUAACUGCCACUUCGAUGCUGCCCUGGUGUCCUUCAUCAACUUCUUCACCUCGGUGUUGGCCACCCUCGUGGUGUUUGCUGUGCUGGGCUUCAAAGCCAACAUCAUGAAUGAGAAAUGUGUGGUCGAGAAUGCUGAGAAAAUUCUAGGGUACCUCAACUCCAACGUCUUGAGCCGGGACCUCAUUCCACCCCAUGUCAACUUCUCACACCUGACCACCAAGGACUACUCAGAGAUGUACAAUGUCAUCAUGACUGUUAAGGAAAACCAGUUCUCAGCCCUGGGCCUGGAUCCCUGCCUUCUGGAGGAUGAGCUGGACAAGUCUGUGCAGGGCACAGGCCUGGCCUUCAUCGCCUUCACUGAGGCCAUGACACAUUUCCCGGCCUCCCCCUUCUGGUCUGUCAUGUUCUUCCUGAUGCUCAUCAACCUGGGACUGGGCAGCAUGAUCGGGACCAUGGCAGGAAUCACCACACCUAUCAUCGACACCUUCAAGGUGCCCAAGGAGAUCUUCACAGUGGGCUGCUGUGUCUUUGCAUUCUUCGUGGGGCUGUUGUUCGUCCAGCGCUCCGGAAACUACUUUGUCACCAUGUUUGAUGACUACUCGGCCACCCUGCCACUCACCGUCAUCGUCAUCCUUGAGAACAUCGCUGUGGCCUGGAUUUAUGGAACCAAGAAGUUCAUGCAGGAGCUAACGGAGAUGCUGGGCUUCCGACCCUACCGCUUCUAUUUCUACAUGUGGAAGUUCGUGUCUCCGCUGUUCAUGGCUGUUCUCACCACAGCCAGCAUCAUCCAGCUGGGGGUGUCACCCCCAGGCUACAGUGCCUGGAUUAAAGAGGAGGCUGCUGAGCGCUACCUGUACUUCCCCAACUGGGCCAUGGCGCUGCUGAUCACCCUCAUUGCUGUGGCCACCCUGCCCAUCCCUGUGGUGUUCAUCCUGCGGCACUUCCACCUGCUCUCUGACGGCUCCAACACCCUCUCUGUGUCCUACAAGAAGGGCCGGAUGAUGAAGGACAUCUCCAAUCUGGAGGAGAAUGAUGAGACCCGCUUCAUCCUCAGCAAGGUGCCCAGUGAGGCACCCUCCCCCAUGCCCACCCACCGCUCCUAUCUGGGGCCUGGCAGCACAUCACCCCUGGAGACCAGCGGCAAUCCCAAUGGACGCUAUGGAAGUGGCUACCUCCUGGCCAGCACCCCUGAGUCAGAGCUGUGA